AUGUGGGCGCUGCGGGGGCUGCGGGGGCUGCGCGGGGCGGGCGGCCGCGGGCCGUGGGGGCGUCGCGCGGCGCACUCGGUGGCGGUGCUGGGGGCGCCCUUCUCCCGCGGACAGAGCCGGCGCGGCGUGGAGCUGGGGCCCGGGGCGGUGAAGGCCGCGGGGCUGCUGACCCGCCUCCACAGGCUCGGCUGCCGCGUGCACGACUUCGGCGACCUGAGCUUCACCUCGGUGCCCGACGACGAGAUCUACAACAACCGGAUCCUCAACCCCCGCUCGGUGGGCCGGGCCAACCAGGAGCUGGCCGAGGCGGUCGACCGGGCCGUGUCCGCCGGCCACAGCUGCGUCACCGUGGGAGGAGACCACAGCCUGGCGAUCGGUUCCAUCAGCGGCCACGCCCGCAAGUGCCCGGAUCUCUGCGUUCUCUGGGUGGACGCCCACGCCGACAUCAACACGCCGCUGACGACCUCGUCGGGCAACCUCCACGGCCAGCCGGUGUCCUUCCUCCUCCGCGAACUCCGGGACAAGGUGCCGCUGCUUCCAGGAUUCUCCUGGGUCAAGCCCUGCCUCUCAGGUCCCGAUCUAGUCUACCUCGGUCUCAGGGACGUGGAUCCCCCGGAACAUUUCAUUUUAAAAAACUAUGACAUCCAGUACUUUUCCAUGAGGGACAUUGACCGCCUUGGGAUCCAAAAGGUCAUGGAGCGGACGCUGGACCAACUGGUUGGCAAAAGACAGAGGCCCAUCCAUUUCAGCUUCGACAUCGACGCCUUCGACCCUACCCUGGCUCCGGCCACGGGGACCCCUGUCAUGGGUGGACUCUCCUACCGCGAAGGGAUGUACAUUUCAGAGGAAAUACACAACACGGGGCUGCUGUCGGCCGUGGAUCUGGUCGAGGUCAACCCCCUCCUCGCCGCCUCCGACGAGGUGAAGGCCACGGCCCGGCUGGCGGUGGACGUCAUCGCCUCCUGCUUCGGCCAGACGAGGGAAGGGGCGCACGCCGUGUACGAGCGGCUCCCCGGCCCCGGCUCCCCGGACGAAUCGGACAGCCAGGAGCGGGCGCGGAUCUAGGGCCGGGGUUCGACCCCCGGGCAUCGCGGAGUUCGGCCAAGGUGCUCGAGGAGAUCGACAUUAAAGUCGGCCCCGACGAUACGGUGUCGUCGAGAGCGUC